ACAAUCACACCAAGAAUCAAUCUCCCUCUCUCGUGAAAACAACCCAAAAUGGCGAAGCUUGCCACCCUGGCAGCGAUCCUUGGAGUCCUCGUGGUGGUGUCCCAUGCUGUGGCGGCCAACAGUGCCACCAUAACCACGGUCGACAUCGAUGAGCCUGAGAACCAGAGGUGCCGCGGCGGGAGCUGCUACGAGCAGGCCGAGAGGCUCGACCGCUGCGAGCAGCUCUUCGAGGAUGUGAUCCAGGGAGGCGGCGGGUAUGGAGGCGGUCGGUACGGUGGCGACCGAUAUGGUGGUGGCUACGGAAGUGAGCGGUAUGGAGGCUGUCGGUACGGUGGCGACCGGUAUGGUGGCAGCUAUGGAGGGUACGGAGGCGGUCGGUAUGGUGGUGACCGGUAUGGUGGCGGCUAUGGCGGGUAUGGAGGUGGUCGGUAUGGAGGCGGUCGGUAUGGCGGUGACCGGUAUGGUGGCCGCUUCGGCGGCUACGGAAGUGGGCGGUGGGGUGGCCAAGACCAGUGCUCUGGCCAGCAGCUGAGGCAGUCGAGGCACUUCGAGCCGUGCUGCAAUGAGCUGAGGCAGCUGGACGACGAGUGUCGAUGCCAGGGACUAAGGGAGGUGAUCAGAGAGCAGAUAGGCGGGUACGGAGGCCGGGGAUCGCAAGACGAGGUGAGGAGGUGCGCGAGGAACCUGCAGAACAUGUGUGGGCUUGGUCAGUCUUGUUACAACGAGGCCACGUUGGAUGAAGCAGUCAAGGCUUGA